CUUACACACCCAUGGCACUAUAAUAAAAAAGGCCACACCUAUUUUUAUUCAGCUGCUCUGAAGAAAGCAAAAGCAUUGCCCUUGUACCUGGUUCCUGCUUCAGAAGGAGACCAACUUCAGCGCACUGAUUAAAAGUGUAUUUGAGCUGUGCAGCUAGAUAAAUGACAUGAAGAUGAUACAUUUCCAAACAAAUCUCUCCCUGGAUCAGCUGAAGCUGGCAAUUCGUUGAAUUUGUUUCUUGCUUGCAUAAUUUAAACACUGUUUUUAUCUCACAAUAAUGACCAGUUUGCUCUGCAGAUCAGUAAGGGAUUAUUAUAAAGGCUUAAGUUUUUGCCAACGGUAAUUCUCUUGUUUAUUUCACAUGAUUUCUGCAAAGUACCCAGGUCCGAGGGGGAGGUUUAAACCAGGAUUUUCAUUCCCAGGAUCGACAUCAUUUGGAGAGAUCUCGUCUAAGCUGUUUGGCUUUUGUGGGCUUUGAAAAAUGGCAAGCAGCUUUACAAGGAUUUUAUCCAGUAAAAGGAAGGUGGGCAUCUUGUCGUUGUUUGGUGCGGGGUCUUUGACCGUGGGAUUCUUCCUGAAUAGAGAGCAGCAUGUCAGUGCAGGAGCGAACGUCCGGAGAAUCUAUCCUCCCAGCGCUGAAUAUCCAGAUUUGCGGAAGCACAACAAUUGUAUGGCCAGUCACAUGUCACCUGCCGUAUACGCCAAGCUGUGUGAUAAAGCCACUCCGAAUGGGUACACUUUGGACCAAGCCAUCCAAACAGGUGUGGACAAUCCAGGCCAUCCCUUUAUAAAGACAGUCGGCAUGGUGGCAGGGGAUGAAGAGUCAUAUGAGGUCUUUGCUGACCUCUUUAACCCAGUCAUCAAAGAAAGGCACAAUGGUUAUGACCCCUGCACUAUGAAGCACCCCACUGACCUGGAUGCCAGUAAGAUACGUGGUGGCUUGUUCGAUGAGAAGUACGUGCUGUCGUCAAGAGUCAGGACAGGCAGGAGUAUCCGGGGCCUGAGCCUGCCCCCAGCCUGCACCCGUGCUGAGCGCAGAGAGGUGGAGAGAGUUGUGGUUGAUGCUGUGGGAGGCCUACAGGGUGAUUUGGCUGGCAAAUACUACAGUCUCACUCUAAUGACUGAACAGGAGCAGCAGCAGCUUAUUGAUGAUCAUUUCCUGUUCGAUAAACCUGUGUCGCCCCUGCUGACAUGUGCAGGCAUGGCUCGUGACUGGCCCGACGCGAGAGGCAUCUGGCAUAACAACGAGAAAACCUUCUUGGUGUGGAUCAAUGAGGAAGACCACACUCGUGUGAUCUCAAUGGAGAAGGGGGGCAACAUGAAGAGGGUCUUUGAGCGUUUCUGCAAGGGCCUUCAAGAGGUUGAGAGACUGAUACAGGAGAAAGGUUGGGAAUUCAUGUGGAACGAGCAUCUGGGUUACAUCCUCACCUGCCCAUCAAACCUGGGCACAGGCCUACGAGCCGGUGUCCAUGUUAACCUUCCUCGUCUCAGCAAGGAUCCUCGUUUCCCUAAAAUCCUGGACCACCUGCGGCUCCAGAAGAGAGGGACCGGGGGAGUGGACACAGCAGCUGUUGGAAGCACUUUUGACAUUUCCAAUCUAGACAGGCUGGGCCAAUCAGAGGUCCAACUAGUGCAGACUGUGAUUGACGGAGUGACCUACCUUAUUGAGUGUGAGAAGAAAUUGGAGAAAGGCCAAGACAUCAAAAUCCCCACACCCAUCAGCCAGUUUAAAUAGACUGGCAGUAACCUCGCCCCUUCUUUGCUCCUCCUUCUCCUGGCUCCUCCCUUCCUCCUGUCUGUCAUUUUUCCUUCAAUAUUCUGCUUAUACCGUUCCAUACAGCAUGCCUCUGUGUGUUACAUCAGUCAUACUGCACUCCAGUAUAAAAACAGGAGUGAAUGUAUCAUACUUCAUGAUUGUGUUAAUGUGGCACUAAUGAUUUGUCACAUUGUAAUUUACUUGAUUGUGUUGCAAUAAUGCUAUUAUAACCAUUGUCAAGAUUGCCUCAGGUUUAAGAGAAUUAAACAGAUGUUUUUGAAAAAGAUGAUGACGAUAUAAAUGCUUAUUGAAGGACUUUCACUGCAGUGUGUUUUUAUUGUGUAUUUUACUGUGGUUGUACAUGAAAGCCCAAACUCCAUAGUCCACUGAAAUAAUGCAUGUUUAAGCUGGUGUUAUUCAGGUUAACUAGCAAAAGUUCAUCAUAUUUAAAAGUAUUAAGGUAUCUGCCACAUGACAAGCUUUUUUUUUUUUUUUAUCUUUUCCCACUCUGUCAUUGUUUUCAGUAGACUCAGCAUGAGUCUUGUCAAAGGUGACAGUAACACUGUUAAAAAACAGCUUCCAUGUACCAUUAUGUUAGAAAGCUCAUAUCCUGAUCAAUGACCAUUGAUGAAUGGAUGGAUGACAUUCAGUUUACAUUGUUGAAAAUAGCCAAUCCUGACC